AUGCCUUCUACACCUGCACAGAAAUAUCCUCCGGUCAAGCUACCGCACCCAUUUCUGACUGCGUACCGAGUGCAGGCCGCUGCCGAGACUACUCCAUCCAAGCUGGUCUUGACAUUGGAGAGCCAGCCGUCAGAAGGAUCGCCGUUGCCCCAAUCCCUUCACUCCGAUUUGCUAUCGUGGUUCGACUUAUCUUUGCCGGCCAAAGAUACUUGCCCACCGGAAUCUGAUAACACUCCUUGGGCACGAGCGUGCCGAAGCCCGUCGACUGUAUUCCAGUGGGGUAACAACACUACUCCUUCCCUGGGCCAGAUCUGGAAUGUGGUCCAUGCGAUCUACCUCGCUCAUCCGACAUAUGAGUAUUUCAGACUUACCCUGAGCGGCGCGGACAAGGAUGUCAUCAGGCAGGAGCUCCUCGUUACUGGCCUAGGCAUUGAGCACCCGAGGCCCUGGGAUUCGAAGCUGAAGGCGACUUGGGAAACCGAGGAAAUUUUGAUUCUUCGCAAUGCCUUCUGGCAGGGUGCGGCCUCCCCAACAGGCCCGCGCCCAAUCUGGGUUGUUGGAGAUGGUACAGAUGGCUCUCUGCGGCAAUCUUUGGCACAGUACCCGAUCAUGCCGGAGAAUUAUCAGAUCACAAAUAACUUCCCCGAGGAGCGCGUAUAUACGCGGCAUCCGACUCGCCGGCCCAAGCCACAUGCUGGAUCGAUCGCCUACAGUCGUUACAUCCCCGAGAUCAACGAGCACUUUUCCCUCGAGGUGGUAAACUGGCAGAAUGAGGAGCACCUGAAGCUUUUCAACACAUGGCAAAACGAUCCUCGUGUUGCCAAGGGAUGGAACGAAACCGGCACUCUAGACCAGCACCAGGAGUACCUCCGCAAACUGCACUUUAACCCCCACGUCCUUUGCUUAUUCGGACGCUUCGAUAACAACCGCUUCUCUUAUUACGAGCUAUACUGGGCAAAGGAGGAUCACUAUGGGGCCCAUUAUGAUGCUCACGACUACGACCGCGGCCGUCACUCGCUCGUUGGGGACGCGUCAUUCCGGGGAGCGCACCGGGUCAACGCAUGGUACUCCAGCUGCAUACACUAUUGUUUCCUGGAUGAUCCACGAACAAUCAAUGUGGUGGGCGAGCCCAAAGCCACCGGCGCCACCAUCCUUUCCUACGAAAACUCCCAGGGUCUCACAAUUGGCAAAUACGUCGAUCUGGGCCACAAGCGCUCGGUUCACUCAGUCUGCAGCCGAGAGAAAUGGUUCCAGCUGUGCCCACUCUUCUGGGACGGACGAGAGCGGCCCUUGGAGUCCGCGGACCGCGCAGCUUGGAACGCUAAGCUCUGA